GUCGGCAUCAGUUGCUGGAACACUAAAGAGAUUUGCAGGUGUUCUUCACUACGGAUACAAAACGAAUAUUGGAAUAUAGGAUAUUUUAUAAAAAAAGGCAUAGUAAUGAAAGAUAUGAAGCUAACCCAAAAUGCCUGUACAGGCAUUUUACUUGUAAUUUGCUUGCUAAUUGGACAACAGCAGGUAAAUGCUGGCUAUACAAUGGCACAGACUUGCGAAUAUGUUUCAACCGGUUACAUUGGUGAUCCGAGUGACUGUCAGGGUUGGGGUUAUUGUUCCGGUGGCGUUGUAAUAGCUUCCGGCAAAUGUAAAGAUGGCCUGCUUUUUGAUAUUGCAAAUGGUAUUUGUAAUUAUGCUGCCGAUGUAGAAUGCCGGACUACAGUAGAGAACGUCUGUGCUAACAUUAAUCAACCUCAGUAUAUUGGUGAUCCCAAUAAUUGCAACACCUAUUGCUACUGUUUGAAUGGUGUAGCAAAUUGCAACAGCUGUCCUAAAAGUCAAGUAUUUAAUCCUUCAACAACUUCUUGCGUAUGGAGUAAUACAUAUACAUGCUCAGCCGACUCAGUUUGCCGUUUAGUGCCAAAUAACAAAUUUGUUGGCAAUCCGGAUAGUUGUGGAGCAUUCUUACGAUGUGUAGAUGGUAGCGGAAUUGCGGGUACUUGUUCUUCAGGUGUAUAUGACAAGUCUAGUGGCAAUUGCGUAGAUGGAAAUCCAUGCUCAGGCUCGCCAACUACUCCUGAUGCCACUCCUUCACCAGAUCCAUCGGUAUGCACCACAGGCGGACCAGCUUAUGUUGAAGAUCCAAAUAGUUGCGCUGGUUACUAUAAUUGCCCGACAACCGGUACACUUGGUACUUGGGGUAAAUGUCCAUUUGCUACAUUCUUUGAUGAAGAGGACCAACAAUGUGUGACUCCUUAUGAAACUGCCUGUCGUCAAGAUCGUUGUCAAAAUCUUAAUUUGGAGUUUGUUGCUAAGCCUGGUUGUCUAAGCUACAGUUAUUGUAAAAACAGUGUAGCUGUUGCCAGUUACUUGUGUUCUGAUGUUAAUUCCAAAUUUCCAUAUUUCGAUGAGUUUUAUCAAGCAUGCGUUGAAAGUAGACCUGAUUAUGUCAUUUGUACCGCUCCAGUAGCAUAAUUUGCAUACUAAAUAAAUAUAAUAUUUUAAAUAAAUAUUGAAGAGCAAA